AUCCCUAGUUAGCUUAAAUUAAUUUUCAUCUAUUAGUUGGUAAUAUUUCAACCAUGGAGCGAGAAUAAUCAUAGGGAAAUCGAUAUCUCUUUUUCAUCGAUACAUCGAUUCCUCGGUAUCGAUGUGCAAUAUGUAUAUGUGUAAUAUGUACGUGGAACAUAACCUAUCAUGAAAUGCCACGUACUGUUUAUCUGUAAUUUACGUACGUAGAAUGUCUCGAAGAUUUUUUCAUUUAUCGUGACAGUGGCUUAUAACCAAAAUAGUAACAGUAUAAUAGAAUUGUUUAGUUCAAUAUAUCAUCGUUAUAUACUACAUAUAGCUACAAUGGCUUCCUCAAGACGUUUCAAACUGUUGUUUUAUUCUCUCGGCAUUUUUGUAUGUUAUUUUCAUUUUGGCAUGUUGCAAGAGAAGAUUACACGAGGACAAUACGGAGAUGAAAAAAGCAGUGAAAAGUUUACGUAUAUGUUUACGUUAGUUUUCUUCCAGUGUCUAAUUAAUUAUUUAUUUGCUAAGACUAGUUUACUAACGAUUAUGAAACAGGGCGAGGAUACUACUCCAAAAACUUAUUAUGCACUCUCUGCCCUCACUUAUUUACUUGCCAUGGUAUGCAGUAACAUGGCAUUACAAUUUGUCAGUUAUCCAACACAAGUGAUUGGAAAAGCUGGUAAACCGAUUCCUGUGAUGAUACUUGGUGUACUACUGGGGAACAAGGUUUAUCCAAUUAGGAAGUACUUGUUUGUAUUCUUAAUAGUCAUUGGCGUAGCUUUAUUUAUGUACAAAGACGUGAAUCCAUUGAAAAAACAUUCCGAGGGACAAACAGGCUUUGGAGAACUAUUGUUAUUACUUUCAUUAACAAUGGAUGGUCUAACUAGCGCUGUACAAGAAAGAAUGAGAUCUGAACACAAUCCCAAAUCUGGCCAUAUGAUGUUGAAUAUGAAUGGCUGGUCUGUGAUGUUUAGUGGCAUUGUCAUCCUUGUCUCUGGAGAGCUUGUAGAAUUUAUUCAGUUCUUACAGAGAUACCCUUUUACUAUAUGGCAUAUAACUACCUUUUCUAUAGCAGGAGCGUUUGGACAAUACUUCAUAUUUCUCACCGUUGCAGAAUUUGGUCCAUUACCAUGUUCUAUUAUAACAACGACUAGAAAAUUCUUUACAGUCUUAGGUUCAAUACUUAUCUUUGGUAAUAGUUUGACCUCUAGGCAAUGGUUAGGUACGUUUAUAGUAUUUUCGGGGCUGUUUCUAGAUGCUAUGUACGGUAAAGACAAGUCUCCUAGAAAAGAUGUAACGAAGUAGCAAAUGAACGUGGGCACGUUACCUGAGAGAUCUUAACUCUUUAAAUAGAGGGUGAUUUCUUAUUUUGAAACUUAUUUGUGCUGUUGGUCGCGUUAUGGUGAAAUUUAAGCUUAAGAACGUCACACCAUAAACAAUUAUGUGUACUGUCUUCGGCUUCCUAUCCUUUAAUUUCGCUAUCGGCGUUUACAAAUAUAUACACGUACAAAUUCUUUUUUUACGGAUAUAUACAGUAACAGCUAUAUGCUAACAUAUACUUUAUAGAAUAACGUUAAAACCUUACGUAUUACUGCAUAGCAAUGUCUGUGGUUUAUUUUCAAGUUGUUAUUCUGCUAUACAUAUUUUUAUUAUUUUUAUAAUGACUGAAUGUAUGAGAGUACGUAACAUCGAAUUUAAUUUUAUUCACUGUAUGUAAGUGUAUGGCUACCACUGUAUAUCAUACACGUGUGUGUGAUGCGCGUAUGUAUUAACCAAUCAAAAUAACAUACAUUUGUACGCAUAACGUUCCACAUAUACUUCCUUCGUUUUAUAUCUCUGUGGCAGUUUCAUUCGAAUAUCUGACACAAGUUCUUUUCCCGAAUCAUAUCAUACGUAAGCGCCAUAUACGGGAAAAGAAUGUGGACGGUAUCAUGGCAAUGUACAUGAUAAAAAAAAAAUCGAUUAUUAUAUAUGUAAUAAAGAGAAACUACAAUCA